ACACCCUUGAUCGUUGAAAAAGCGAUGACUUUAGUUGCGGGACAGGGAUCCACACUAAAUCCGAAUGCUCCGCUCUUCAUUCCGGCGGUGUACCGUCAAGUGGAGGAUUUUUCUCCGGAGUGGUGGGAGCUGGUGAAAACUUCGACGUGGUUUCGUGACUUUUGGCUAAGCCAACAUCCAGAGGGGAGUUUUGACGGCGGUGCUAGCGAUGAUGAUGAUGUUGUGGAUUUGUUGCCGGAGAAGUUGGACGUGGGUUUUGAUGAGGAGUUUGCUAAUCUGGAAGCUCAGUUUGAGGAUCUGAUCAUGUGGAAUGAAGAAGAGAAAGAGUGGAAGCAGCAACCUUUGAAUGGGGUUAAAAUGGAUGUGAAAGGUGCGCUCAAGGAGCUGAGCAUACCAAAAUCUGGCAAGGAAAGGAGAGUGAAGUCUCCGGCGAAUCCAGGCAAGUACCAAAUGAAGACAGCCCAUUGCGGGAGCCCAAAGUCUACCCCCCGACGCAUUCACCAACCUCGUUGAAAGACACAAAAAAAAGAUAAAAGAGUGUAGAGUUGGGAUAUGGUUUCAUUUUCACUCUUUGAGCAUAUGUAGCUGCCAUGGCUUGUUUGUAGCUCAUUUGGAUCCAUUUUAGCUACGGCGGCCGUGGUGGUGGUUGGUGGUUUUUAUGGUCAAUGUUUUUGUGUAGUUAGAAAGGAUGAAAGUGUGUAAAUUAGUAAACUACAAUAAGAAUGGUUGAAAUUGGGUUGUCUUUGUCAA